UGGAUAAUACCACGUUUAAACUUAGUCUAAGUGUAGCUGAAUAUAACCUUUACUAAAGAUCAGCUAGCAUGGCAAUUUUGUUCUAUUUAACUAAAGUAUGUACCUUCACUUUCGCUAGUUUAAGAGUGGCACAGAGAUAAACAACAAAUACUGGUGUCGCUAGAAAACGACUACGUCGUCGACAAUUUUAACAAAGACCUUCGAGUUCAACUGUUUUGAACGGGCAGCUUUGUCUGUCAACCAUGAGAGCGUUUUUUCAAAAUUUAUUUAUAUAAAGACAAGAUUAGUACCUGAACAAUAUGGAACUAGAUAUACAAUAGUAGGAAACAUUAUGAACUGAAUACAAUUUUCUUUUCAACAAUGAAUCUCUUGCCCCAGUAUUUUAAUGCUAAAAAUUAAAACCAGACUUAAAUCCGACGCCCAAAUAAUGUGACUCCUCCCCUUUAAUGACAGCCCCCCCAAAAAAUGUGACCCCCCCCCUAAAUCCGCGCCAAAAAAAAUGAGCCCCCCUACAUAUUUCCUCCCUCAGUAAUUAAUGAGCGCUCCCAUAGAUAAAACGUGUCUUCAUACGUAUCAUGGACUCCUGGAAUUAGCAUAGCAAAUAACUGCCCCCAAACCAAAACAAGUUGAACCUAGAAGUCUGAUUUGACACUUCGUCAAAUUGUAUAGUAAAAAUCCAAAGAAAGCCUCCCUUUAUGUAAAUUGUCUUGUUUUUGCUGAUACGAAAUUUGACACCGUCUUUUGCUAGCUGUAGAUAAAUUUCGCAUUUCAGUAGGAUGGGGUGAGGCCGACUUAGCGUUGAAGUGCAAGAAACAAACAAAAGGCGAAAAAGUUUUUUCAUAAAAUCUGCCGUACUUUUGUUUUAAGAUGAAGUUCAGUCGACUUACUCUAUAUUAUAAAAGGGUAAGGGAAGUAUUUUUGAAAACGUGCGGAGUUUUUGAAGACUCUCCCCUCCCUCCUUAGUUUCUGAUUUGAUAGAAGAGAAAUCGAGUACUUCAAGAUGGAGGGAUCGUGGAAAAAGCUCUGUGUUGUUAUCUUCAUUUUGGGGCAAAUUGGACUCGUUUUUUGCUUUUUAUACUUUGGGUUUUUAGAACAAUUACAGAACCAUGGAAUUCGACCUUAUCUUGAUCAUUUUGCUGACGAAAGCGAAGAACUAUAUUCAGAAGUUGACUUUGAAGAUUUGACACGCUUCUCUUUCAAGAAAGUUAAUGCGACGACAAUAUACUCAGCGGAGUCAAACAACGAAACAAAGGCAAGAGUAAGUUAUCGUUAUCCCCCUGGGAAAAAAAUAUUGUUUCCAAAGAUUUACCACAAACCUGGGGAGAUAUUUAUGAUGGUUAUGGUAACGACGAUUCCUAAAGCUGUCACAAGGCGAGAAGCCAUACGGAGGACAUGGGCACAAAUCGUAAAACAAACACCAGAUCAUGCAACGACAAUAGGCAAUUCCACAAAUUAUUCAACCGAUGCGGUCGUUUACAUCCAAUUUAUGGUUGGAAAAACAGGGGAUUUAAGACAAGAUGCUGAUAUUGAAACAGAAGCAGCUACAUUUGGGGAUAUUUUACGUGGAAAUUAUGAAGAAACGUACCGUAAUAUUGUUGUCAAAGUGUUUUAUGCAUUCAAAUGGGCAUUACAAUUCAAACCGAAGUAUAUCUUAAAGGUCGAUGACGAUGUAUACGCUCAUAUACCAAGAUUUGUUAGCUGGCUUCGUAAAUCUUCUACGCCGAAAAGGUUAUACGCUGGCUAUGUUCAUUUCAAUGCGUACAUUUCACGUAACCCAAAGAACCAACACUAUGUCAGCAAAAAACAAUUUCCCGAAAAAAAAUUCCCAAAUUACUGUGCUGGCCCUUGCUAUAUUAUCUCUGGGAAUCUCUUAGAGGAAUUUACAAAGCAGGCCAAGAAGGUCCCCAUAUUCCGGGUUGAGGAUGCAUUUAUGGGGCUCCUUGCAAGACAAUCAAAGGUCAAACCCCUUGACAUUGGCGGGAAGUUGUUUAUAUGGGACAGGUCUCUCAGAAACUCCGUAAGGAACUGGCCUGACAGCAAGCUACUGAAUGCUCUCUGUUUGGGAGAUAGCUUGAACCCUUACACUAUACAAUACCUACACAAACGAUUUCUCAAAAUGUUAGUUUAGUUGUAGGGGGUUGUAGGAGUUUAGGCUAUCAGGGGCAGAUCAGCCCCCCUUUUUAAAAAUAACAAGAAAUAUAAGGAAAUCCACGGAAGAACAAUGAAUCCGGCCCCCACUCUCUUGAUACCCUUGCUUCGGCCCCCCAUUUUUGGAGCUCCUGGAUCUGCCCCUGGCUUUGGUAAUACUAGGCAACGUUACCUACAACUUGUUGUCUAACCAUCCCAUUCCUUAAUGUACAUCAAGCUUGUUUAAGCUGAGACAAUAAAGCAUGUAAAGAGGGCUAUACAGUGAGGCAGGACAAAGUAAGCAUACACCACUUGGUCUGGUCACUAAAAUAUUGGGAUUUUCCACAUAUUGUGAAGGGCAGGACAAGGUGGUAUAGCUGAAGUCUGCAGGUUUUAUUAAAGAAUAGCUGUUUUUAGAUAUGACAUGCCUAUUUUUCAUUGUGUAAGUGUAACCUCCACCUUAGUUGAAUAACUUAUUAUAUCAUGUUUUAUUCAUAUUUUAUAUUUGUAUACACUUUAGUUGUGUAAUGAUUAUUUAUGAAAGUUCUGAUAGUUAUGAGAGUGGAAUAUAUAUCUGUAUAUAAAGGGAAAUACUCCUUGUUCAAGGUUGUUGUUUAUAUGAUGUUGUUGUCUAUAAAGCAUUUAGCCUGAAGGACAUACCAAAAAUUGAUUUUGUGUUAUUGGAGGUUAGAAAUAAAAAAUUUAAAAAAUA